AUGUCUCAACAAGAGGAGCAACCGCAAUUCGGUUUGCAAAUGCCAACGAUCGGCUUCCAACAGCCGACGUUCACUAUGCCGCAAUAUGAGUACUUGUUUCUUAUUUGGCAUUCUAGUGAUGUAGUUUAGUGGUAUGCUAGAAGGAGUAGUAUGUGAUCACGCUGAGUGAAAAGUGAUUACUCUUCAAACUGUCUUAGAGUCUUGCUGCGUCAUUUAUUCAUACAAUCAGAACAGGGAGGACAAGCAUGAUCACAUCAACCCAUUCUCGCUAAACAGACAACCGCAGAUCGGUUUGGGCGUGCAGCCGGGUCCGAUCCAGUUCGCAUUCUACGCUGAGCCAUGUACUACUGUUUUUCUUGUACUUAUAAUGUUUAUUUUUCAUGUUCUUGAGGUGGUAUUUUUUACCUAGGUCGUUUGCAUUCUAAUCGGAAUAGAUCCGAGUAUAAUUACAAAUCGUCCACGAAAACAGCGAGCCCACCGCAGGGAUCACCGCCUUAUGGUAGCUAUUUGACCCAGGACGCAGCACCAGUGACCAAAAAGAAAGUGGAUAGCAAAUGGUGCGCGUGCUUCUCCAAGUAAGACACGCGAUUGCGAAAGAGAACUAUCUUCUUGUCUCGCUAGUGGUAGAAGAUCGAUGAAGGAGGAGAUAAACGUAAAGGCUGCCAGGAGGAGGAGAUGUAUUAAGACGGCUUCGCUGAUUAGGCAUAUGAUCGGGAGAUGAAGACAGACGAUAUGAUCGUGAUUUCACUUAGAUUCACCACCAUGAUGAUGAAGACGGACGAUAUGAUCGUGAUUUCACUGCACUUCCAGAACAAGGGUUUACAACAAUCUAUCAACAUAUCGAACGACAAGCAAAGUUACAUUGGUAUAUCAUGUGUGUGUCCUAAACGACCACGACGACAGAAUAAUUAGAACAAAGCAAAGAAACACUUAUAUGAAGAAAGAGAUCCAGGCUACCAAGGUCGUAACAGCAGUAAUUAUAUGUCGUUGUGUUUCUACAAGAAAGAGCGUCUUACUAGC